AUGACGGAUCUAGGCCACAUCAGCUCGUUUCUUGUUGUCUUUGCUAAGUUCAGUGACAAGGGCCUCUUCCUGUCUCAGACUUGUUAUGUAGAAGAGAUCAUCGAACGUGCUGGCAUGAAGGAGUGCAAACCUUGUUCGACACCGGUUGAUAUGAAGUCCAAGCUAGCGGCACAAGAAGGCAAACCUUUAGCAUAUCCAACUGAUUAUCGAAGUUUAGCAGGGGCAUUACAGUAUCUCACAUUCACUAGGACAUACAUCUCUUAUGCAGUACAACAAAUUUAUCUCUUCAUGCAUGAUCCGCGUGAAAGCCAUAUGCUAGCACUCAAGAGAAUCAUUCGCUACUUUCAAGGCACGAAAUUGAUGGGUCUCCAGCUCCUCAAGAAGGAAAACGAUGAAGUUAACAGCUUAUACAGACGCUGA